AUGUCUCUUCUUACUUCAUGGCUGCGGCUGGGAAGCCCUUGGUCCAAACGGCAGCACUGCCCCUGCGUCUCCCACGACUCUCUUGCUAUUGUCGAGAAAGCCGACGUGCUGCGUGAACAACGCCUCGACUCUCGGACUGAGAAAGCGAGGGCAUUGGCCAAGACCAUCGUUCACACCCACUCGGAGCUGCUCAAGCUCCCACACCUGCGGCCCGCUCCGGCCAUCAACCAGCUCCUUGGCAACCUCGUCUCGGUCUGCUCCGAGAUCCACGACCGGGAAUUCGUAGACAAGGUCCUUUCCAAUCCGGAUGUCCAAGCUGUCCUCCCCUCUCUCCGCCAGAUAUGUGCCCGGGCCGAGUCAUGCCUCGAGCUACACUGGGCCGAGCACAUCCUCUCCUCCGAGGGGUCACCCGACGAGGUGCUAGACCGGCUCAAGGCCUUCCCAUACUACGAAAACUACGAAGAGCUCACCCGACUUGAGUACUGCGCCAUCCUCUCCGCCACCAAGACCGCCCCGCAACGAAUAGCCUUCAUCGGCUCCGGCCCUCUACCACUGACAUCCCUCUGCCUACUGCAGCACCUGAAACAAAACCCCACAAACGCCCUCCUUGCCAACCCACCAUCAUCGUCAUCAGACGCCAAACCAUCCCACAAAGACCCCGUCAUCCUCAACGUCGACUACGACGCCUCGGCCAUCGCCGCUUCCCUCACCCUCUCCCUCGCCCUCGGCGAACCCGGCCGCGGCAUGGAAUUCAUCUGCGCCGACGCAGCUGCGCCCUCGGAGCGGGACCUCGCCGAGUUUGACGUCGUGUACAUGGCUGCCCUUGUGGGUGUGACACAGACUGAGAAGGAGAGCAUUAUCCUCCGUGUGGUUGACCGCAUGCGAGCUGGGGCGUUGCUGGUGGUGCGGAGUAGUUGGGGGUUGAGGACGUGUCUGUACCCGGAGGUGGAUCUGGCUACGGAGGCGUUGUUGGAGAAGUUGGAGUGUUGUGUUGUGGUGCAUCCGUAUGGGCAGGUGGUGAAUUCGGUUAUUGUGGCGAGGGUGAAAGCUUAA